AUGAUUGUGCGCAAACGGGUGCCGGACACCAGUGAGGGCCAGGAGCCUUCAUGCAGCAGCACAGCGGCCACAGCUGUUGAGACGCACGGCCGAGGUGCAGACUCUGCGCCUGUCAGCUAUCGUCAUAACGGCCGCAGGAAGCCUUCGACUUCCAGGGUGGUACCAGGCGCGAUUGCGUCCGCCACGGGCCCGGGACUGCCACAAGCCGAGGUUGGAGAAGGGCAGGAGCUUCCUCAUGAUUGGCGGGCGAAGUGGGAGAGGCCAGCCGCUGUAUUCUCCGUGCGUGGCGCUGCUGGCCCGCGAUUCCUCCCCCCGCUCAGGUCGACAAAUGGUAGAGCCUUGCCACACGCAUCUCCCGAGAGCCUGGCAUCCACUUCUGCAGUGGCACGCAUGGCUGCAGAAUAUUGGCGUAACGAGCAGCGUGGCACAGCGUUGCCACAAGGUGCUCCAAGCCCAGGCAGCGCUGCAGGGGCAACGAGCACGACGCAAAGCUGGAAUUCUGGGGCUUCACCUUCUUUGAGUGCGACAUCCGGUGGCAACGAGGUGCCAACAUACUCCGGUAUCAGAUGA